UGUCCACCAAUGCCAGCUGUCAGUGCUCAUCAGUGCCACCUGCCAGUGCCCAUUAGUGCCACCUAUCAGUGCCAGUCAGUGCCACCUAUUAAUGCCAGUCAGUGCCACCUAUCAGUGCUGCCAAUCAGUGCCACCUAUCAGUGCCAGUCAGUGCCAACUAUCAGUGCGCAUCAGUGUCGCCUAUCAGUGCCCAUCAGUGCUGCCUAUCAGUGCCACCUAACAGUGCCAGUCAGUGCCGCCUAUCAGUGCCAUAUAUUAGUG